AUGGCUGGAAAGCGUAAUCGCUCUCGCACUGCCGCUUCGGCUCAGGAGAAAGGAAAACGCACCAAGCUCUACCCCCACCUGGCACCCACUGUCAAGGACGCAGAGGCAAAUCUCGAGCCCCAACCCGACAUGUCUGCAAAGUCCAACGACGCAGCCAAGGUCAUCAGGACCGAGACGAUCAAGGAGAUUGUCGUGCCAAAGUCAGAAGCCGACACCACGGUCGCGAAGCUUGAGACGAUCAAGGCUGUCGUUGCGCCGCCCAAUAGCACGAAGACAGUAGACAGCGAUCUCAUCUCCUGGGACGACCUCUCAUCCACCAAGAAGAAGAACCCUGAUCAGACUACAGACGACUUCGAGGACGGAAUCGACAUCUUUGCAGACAAUGACAGCACCAGCAACGCCCUGAUUGGCACUAACCCUGACACCCGAAAGGCCAACACCGCAAAGGUCAAGGAAGAUCAGAUUGCCCCCAACACCGAAAGCACUGAUGAACUUGCCAACCAGAUUGAGGCAGUUCCAGCUUCUAAGGAGAAGAAAAUUACGACCGAAGUACCUAUUGCCAAACAGGCGGAGCAAAUCGAAGUGACUCAAAAUGGGGAACCUCAUGAGAACACCAAUAAGGAGAAAGAAGCUGAGCAUCAAGAGAAGCCCGAGGCAAUCUCCGCAUUCGGUCGCAAUGUCAUCUUCCAGUCGAUCAAGUAUAACCUUGACAACACCGAGAAUCUUGCGUACUGGAUUGGUCUGGGUGCUGUCGGCUCUACAGAUACCCGCCAAAUCAACGCCGGCAACAUCAAGUUGGAGAUAUCAGUGAAAUACAUAGGCCUCCAGAAAGAAGAGUCGAUGGUCAAAGAGAGCGAGCCAGUCGCAGAGACCCAAGAAGCUGGGAAAGCCGAGGACAACCAGAAAGCCGUCAAGAUAGAAAUAAAAAAAGAGUGUCUGUACGAUACCGAAGAGGGGAUUCUCCCUUCCAUCGAGACAGCUCCCGACCUCGCCGUCGACACCGCUGGAGCUACAAAGGAGCAGCUUCACAAUACUGUUAUUACACCAGUCACGUCAGCUACUAUUGCCACCAAGACGGCCGUCGCAUGUAGGUUUGGCGCCAAGUGCAGCAGGCGCGACACAUGCAAGUUCGACCACAGCGAAGGAGCUCGCAAGAAGAUGUGCACUUUUGUCAACACAACCAUUGGCUGCAAGAACAAUACAUGCCCCUUCUCGCACGAUCACCUAGGCGUCAUCUGCAAGUCAUCUCCGUAUCGCUCAAACUGCUCCAACACUCACAAGUGUGCGUUCAAGCACCAAGACGAUGUCAUGAGCGGCAAAGCCGAGCCCAGCAAGUCCAAGACGACGAAACCUGCGCUGGACGAUGACAACCGUUACAUCACCGCUGCAGAGAUCGCACAAAAGGCUGCCGUGGCCCGAGCAUCGCGUGAAGUGUCGGUGGCUUCGGCGACGUCAGCUCCACCAGCCAACGCUCCCACUGGUCCCCAGCACGGGGUUAAGCGUGGCAGGAGCAAUGAGGAUGCCGACGCGGGUCCCAAUCCUCAACGCCCUCGCACCAACAACUUUCAGAUGGGGCCUAACCAAGGCAGGCAGCAACAUUGGAAUCACCCCUCGCAGCAACAAGGCAACGUCCCGCAGUUUGGGCACCGGCAGGGUCGUGGUCGUGGACGCGGGCGAGGACGCGGUGCUGGUCGUGGCCGGGGAGGCAAUAGUAGCGACCAGGGCUUCAGUAUUCGGGGUGUUGCUGGAAGAGCGUGA